AUGCUAGGAAGCACCGAGGCCGGCGGAAAGGCCGGCACGGAAGAGAAAGCCGCGUAUCAGUGGAAAAAGUACGGACAGAAAUUUCUCGUCUCGCAGAAAGCCAAAAGGUUCUACUACCACUGCGCGGAGCGCGACACCACCGGCUGUCCCGCGAAACUCAUCAUCGACAAAGUCCCGAAAGAAGCGGCAUCCUCCAAAAACGAGUUACUCGACGCGCUUCCGGUUCUCGAGCGGCGCGGCCGCACGCUCAUGCCGCGGCGCGUGUGGUGCCGGGAGAAGCACAACCACCCGCCGCCGCAGCAGAUCCAGCUCCCCGCGGUGACGCCGGGAACGGCGGCAGCGGCGUCCCCUCCCCGCACGCAGCCGCGGCAGCCGCCCCUGCAGCAGCAGCAGCCGCCGCGGCCGCAUCAGCAGCAGCAGCAGCAGCAGCAGCAGCAGCAGCAGCAGCAGCAGCAGCAGCAGCAGCAGCAGCAGCAGCAGCAGCAGCAGCAGCAGCAGCAGCAGCAGCAGCAGGAAACGGUCAUGGCGCCAUCGCCAUUUGAAACGCCUCUACAGAAAUCCCCACUGCCGUUUGAGGGUCGUCUGAAGUCUCCGUUUGAAGCACUUCAGAAACCGCCGGGGGUGCCGGAAGGUCUACUGCAGCGCUCGCAAUCACCGCUCUUUGGGAACUUUCAGAAGCCCACAAGGCAGCAGCUGGGAGAGACUGACGCUAAGGAUUCUUCUGUACCCGCGUUUGCCCUUGGUCUUGGCAGCUUCAAUACGUUCACUCAUCUUGGCAAGCGGCCAUACCUGUUUCUCGACGCUAGCACGAGCAGCAACAGCUGGAGCCCUCGCACCCUCCGGGGUGAGGACUCGCCGCAGCCAUUGCCUCUGGGAGCAGCAGCAGCAGCAGCAGCAGCAGCAGCGCCGCUCAGAUCUGACCGAUUCUUGAGCCGACUCCAGAGCAGCCCGCGUGCUCUCCGGGUGGCAGACUCGCCGCUACGGCCAGAAUCCGGCGGGCUCAGAUCAGAUCCGUUUCUGAGCCGACUCACAAGCAGCCCUGGUGCUCCGCGACGGUCUGCUGACGCGGCGGCUCUGCUGAUGGGAGCAGCGAGCAGAGUGAGCCAAGGCUGGAUGGAGGGCGGAGGAGACUCGUCGAUGUUGCUGGCCGGAGGGAGGGCGGAGGGAGCAGCGAGCAGAGCGAGUCAGGGCGGGAGGGAGGGCUGUGGAGAGUCUGGGAUGAACGUGAUGAGCGGACGGCGCGUGAGUGAGGAGGAAUUUGGAGUGUUGCGGCUGAGCAGAAGUGUAGGAGCAUCUUCCCCACUGGUUUCCGCACUCGCCUCGUCACCCGCCCUGCCUCCACCUUCCCCAGUUGUACCUCCCCCACACAACACCCCACUCACGGCAAGCAGUCAGCCUGCAACUGCAAAAGCGCAGGUCAGCACGGCAGGGAGCAAAGAAGGGGCUGCUGGUGAAGGGAGAAGUGAUCCCACCCUGUGGGUUCCUCAGCUGCCCUCUGAAAGUGCCCCUGCUGCCUCGUUCCUUCACCAAGGAAGCAACAGUGUGAAAUUUGAGUCUGUAUCUCUGGGCUCAAGAUCAGGGUUUGGAGUGGAUGGAGGGGGUGUGGGUGUGAAGGGCACAGGGUCAGAUGGUGCGGGCAUGGAGUUGGACCUGAUUGGUCAGUUUGAUGGAGCGGGUUCUAGCUGUAGACAUGCCAUUGCAGGCCCGCGAUUCCCUUCCACAAAACUGCACUUGUAG